AUGCUUUUGAUUGCAGCUACGAUAGAAUCACUAAAGUUGCUGUGUAACUUAUUAUUUAAUAGUGUAAAAGUGCAACAGUCGCAAGUAUUAAUCUCUUCUUUGCCUUAUCUCAUCGAUCGAAUUAAAAAUUACACGAUACAUGAUCUUUAUGAUGUCAAAUUAUUUGACGUGAGAAUAUUGUUUUUACUCACUGCACUAAACACAUCUACAAGAGACAUAAUCAAAACUGAUUUAUAUGGUGAUGUAUAUCUUAUUAAAAUAAUAGAGGAAUUUGCAGCUCAAAAUCAAAAUAGCGAGACUGAAGAGAUAACAAUAAUCUGUGAAGUUUUAAAAGUUCUAUUUAAUUUAUAUAUACAUUCCGAUGAUAUCGGAGUUGAGGACCAAGAGAAAUAUAAGAAUUUGGUGUUAAUUUUGUAUAAAUUGUUAACUCUUAAAUAUUCAGUGCAACAAGAUGACCUUGAAAGCCAUAUCGUCAAUUUGUUGACUGUGAUACCGUUUAGCUGUUAUACAUCAAUUAUACAAACCGUUAACAGCAAAAAUUGCAAAGAUGUAUACCAAAAGAUGGAUAUGAGCGCUAUAUGCGUUUUACUUAGAUUUUUAGAUAAAAGAUUAGAAUGUAAAACAUAUUUACUAGAAAAUUUCUCUCCAAUAAUUACUGCAUUGGUUAGACUCGUCAAAUCAGAGAGGCUUGUUCGCAAAUACAUAAGACUGCAGAUUUUACCUCCAUUAAAAGAUGUGAUGAAUCGCCCUGAAGAAGGGACGACAUUAAGGGCUAAGUUAUGCAAGUUAUUAACGUCGCCUAUCACAGAGUUACGUGAUCUAGUUGCAGAACUUUUGUUUGUUCUUUGUAAAGAAAAUGUUAGCCGUAUGGUGAAAUAUACAGGAUAUGGAAAUGCGGCGGGAAUGUUUGCCACUAAAGGAUUAUUAGGGCGUAGCCAAGCGGAAACGGCUUAUUCUUCUGAAUCGGAAGAUAGCGAAACAGAAGAAUAUCAAAAGUAUAAAGAACGAAUAAACCCAGUAACUGGAUGUUUCGAGCAUUCCAAACCAAAUCCAUUUGAAGGCAUGACAGAGGAACAAAAGGAAUACGAAGCUUUAAAAUUAGUAAAUCUGGUUGAUAAAUUAACAAAGGAAGGAGUCGUGCGUCCUUGCCGCAUCGGCGAUGAUGGGAAACCAGAACCGAUAGAACACGUUCUUGAAUUGCAGAACGAAUUACCGAAACAGCAGUAUGGCAGAAAGGACUCAGACUCCGAAUAAAUAUGUUGUUAUAUAUCUCCAAAAUAGGACAAUCUGUAUAUGUAUAGAUGUAUCUGUCCGAAUAAAGAUAUUUAAGUCGAAAA